UAUGGUGGUGUAUGCAAACGCUAGACGGCAUAAUGCCGUCUUCCGUUAGUUUACGUUUGUUUCCUGUUUUUCUUGAUCCAUCGUGUUCAAGGAGUUCGCUUUUUUCCAUCCAUUGGCUCCUUGUUUAUUAAAUUAGUUUAUAUUUGGAUUAUUUCUUGUUUUAGGUAAAAAUGUAUUCUGUAAUAGAAUUUAAACAAGAAGAAGAUGGUGGUGGACUAUCUAUAGUAAAUUCAACUUGGUUGACACCUAGAAAAACUGAAGUAUGUUGGCCCCCUAUAAAAGAUAACGUUCAAUUUAAAAAAGUGCUACGCAAACUAGAACCUGAAAUUGAUGAAACUUGGAAGAUAUAUGGUGUCCAGAAAAUUUUUUAUUCAACAGAUGAUUUUGAAAAGGCCACAAAUAAAUUAAAAAGAGCAGAAAUAACAUCUGAUCUACAAACUGAUCUUGAGGAUGAUAAUACCAGACCCAGAAGAAAGAUCCUGAAACGAAAAUUUAGUUUGGAUGAGGACAGCAACGACCAGGUUUCGCUAUUUAAGCCUGGCAAAAAGUCGAAGCAAAUUUUACCAUGGCCUCCACCUGUGGGAAUUAAUAAACUCUAUACAAAUCCAAGAGGAUCGUCUCAAGAAUUGGAAUCUGGGACAGAUGAGUCUGACCCUGGCAUUCCUUCUGGCUCUCAAUUUAUGAAAAGCAUAUCCACACCAAGGGAUAAGUUAUCAUUUCAGAUAUCUACACCAAAAUCUUCAUCGUCUUUUGGUAGGCAAGAAGCAACUGAAAUACAAACACCGACUCUGAACGAGUCUCUAAAUUUUGAUAAUAGUCUUCAGGAUACAAAUGGAUUGAAGGUUCUACUUAAACAUAUAUUAACAAUUAAGGAACAGAACAGAAAAAUUCUAAAUAUUUUGGAGAAAUCAAAACCAUUUGAAAAUUCAGAUUUACCUGAUGACUUCAAAAUAAAAUUGCCAAUAGAAUCCUUACAAGACCUGGAAGAACUAGAGAUAUAUUUGACAGAAGAAGAGAACUUCAACACUUUUAAAUCAUACUGUGCCUCAAUUUCAAACCUGAAAGAUGUUACCCAGAAGAAUAAUAGGAUAUUAAGAUCUCUUUUGACAGAUAAUAUUGCGAAGCAUUUUAAUUACUUCGGUAACAACCGGCGGCAAGACAGAGUAUCAAAUAAGCGACCAUUUAAUCAACUGCGCUUAAACAAAGUGGUUCUAGAUGCGGUAAAACAAGGAACUGACUUUACAACUCAUGAAGUUGAGAACGCUAUUAAGCGCUGGUUAAAACAUGCUCCUAACCGUAACAAGAAAAAUUACUAAUUUGGAAUUGUUUUAAUUUUAGUUUUUUAUUUGAUUAAACAUGCAAAGGUUUUAUAAAGAAACUGUAGGUGAACGCCAAAUGUGUAGGAGGGUGGCUAAGGAACUUAAAAAUACGAUUGAAGGUCUUAAUAGUAAUUUAAAUCAGGCUUCUUCCCUUGUUAGUAAAACAGUAGUACAUAGUGAUACCGUUUAGUAAGUUUUUAAGGAUAAGUAUAAAAUUUGCAAGAUGUUGAUGUAUAAAAUGUAACAUCUUUAUUUAAAAAUAGUCAAAAAAUUUAAAAAUAAAAAUAUUCUCGAUUAUGUUCAAAAAAAUUUAAA